GAUAAUUAUCCUUUCUUCCCAGCGAUACUCUACAGACAGCGGGACAACAACGAGCUGCCGUUAUUGGGUGCUAGUGGAGCGCUCCGACUCAUCUCCUCCUCUUCCUCCUCCUCAACCGCCACCAGCCAGUUGUUAUUCCUUUGCCUCCUCCUUUGAUUUUAUCUCCCUUUCUUUCAGAUCUCAACUCUCUCCCCAAUUUUUACCCUAAACUCGCUUUCUCAUUAAAUCUAAUCAAUCUUUUUUAACUUCCCUAAUCUUUCUUUUUACUCAUCACUAAUCAAAUCUCGCCUCCUUCUACAGUCCUCUUCAAAUCGCUAAUAAUUCAGCAAAAUUCGUCCAUUCGCUUUUCAUUUUCUUCACAAUGAAGUUAGGGUUACGAUUUUGCUAAUUUCUCCUUUACUCUGAAUUCGUUCUUCCGCCGUCAGCCUCCUCCGCCUAUCUGAAGACGAGGAGGCCAAUCAUACCGCUUCUUAUAUUUUUCAUUUUUUAGAAAUAUCGUUUCUGGGGGAGGUGUUGAUUUGGUGUUGGUGGAUUAGUUUCUUGCUAUGGCGGAAUUGGUUCCUUUUUACUACAGCUUUGUUGCCUUCUUUUGCACUGCUGGAGCAAUCGCAUUGGCCGUUUUCCACAUCUACAGGCAUCUCUUAAAUUAUACUGAACCUACUUACCAGAGAUUCAUUGUUCGCAUCAUCUUUAUGGUUCCGAUUUAUGCGUUAAUGUCUUUUUUAUCUCUCAUUUUGCCUACGAGUUCAAUCUAUUUCAAUUCCAUACGAGAAGUUUAUGAAGCUUGGGUUAUCUAUAAUUUCCUGUCUUUAUGCCUGGCUUGGGUUGGUGGCCCUGGAGCAGUUGUUCUAAGUUUAAGUGGUCGGGUUCUGAGGCCAUCCAUGUGUCUGAUGACAUGUUGCUUACCUCCAAUACCACUAGAUGGGCGAUUUAUAAGGAGGUGUAAGCAGGGGUGUUUGCAGUUUGUGAUUCUGAAGCCUAUCUUAGUUGCUGUUACUCUUAUACUUUAUGCAAAAGGGAAAUAUAAAGAUGGAAAUUUCAGUCCGAACCAAGCAUACCUAUAUCUUACCAUCACCUAUACAAUCUCAUACACAAUGGCUCUGUAUGCUUUGGCAUUAUUUUAUGUCGCAUGCAGGGAUCUGCUUCAGCCCUUCAAUCCAGUUCCCAAGUUUAUUAUGAUUAAGUCUGUUGUUUUCUUAACUUACUGGCAGGGAGUUUUGGUUUUUCUGGCUGCAAAAUCUGGAUUCAUAAAGAAUGCAGAGGAAGCUGCUCAGUUUCAAAAUUUUAUCAUAUGUGUUGAGAUGCUUAUAGCUGCUGUUGGUCAUCUUUUUGCAUUCCCAUACAAAGAGUAUGCUGGUGCAAAUAUCGGUGGAUCUUGCGGUUUAACAGGAAGUCUUGCUCAUGCCUUGAAGUUAAAUGACUUUUAUCAUGAUACUGUUCAUCAGUUUGCACCAACUUAUCAUGAUUAUGUGCUUUACAACCAUAGUGAGGGUGAUGAGGGAACAAGAAAGUAUCGCUCACGCACCUUUGUGCCAACUGGACAGGAGAUGGAUGCUGUCAGAAGAAACAAACACAUGUUUGGAAACAAGCUGGAUGAAAUUCAACUCUCCAGUCACUCUUCUUCCGGUACAAGCACUCCCAAAAAUAUCACUUCAGUGCCUGAUUCUGCAAAUUCUGAUACCAUGAAAUCUUCACUGCUUGUGGAUGCUUCAAAUUCUUUAUCUGUACCAUAUGACAUGUCACUUAUUGACAUGGACUUGUCCAAUUACCCUGAAAAAGUUCCUGCUGCUAAUGAAACUGGGAUUAGGCAAGGAUAAUGGAGUAACUGCAGUAAAUAGGUAGAAGGGUGCCCUUGAAGAAGAAAGUUAAGAUGAAUGCGAGAAGUUAUUUCUAGUUCGGGGAAGCGUCUUAUGCAUAAUUGUGUGCUAAUACUGAUGUCAAUUUUCUCGAGCGCAUUAAAGCCCUCUAUUCUCUCUUUUUCAGGUUCAGCAUUAUAGUCUCUCAUGUUAGACUUCCCGGCUUCCCCUGAUUAUCAUUAGUGGCCUGUUAUUUGCCAUCUGCUUUGUAGAUACAAAACUUCUAGUUUCACACUUUCAGCAUUAGAGUUCAAAAAUGAAAAUGGGUUAUUGAAUUGUGCAUUUGCCUUAGCAUAUUUUUAGGCUUUUUGCUCUGUUGCCAUCUGAUAUGUAGAUACUGUACUUUCAAGUGUCAAAUUUGCAGCUUUAUGGUUUCAACAUGAUAUUGGUUUUUUAAUUUGUUAA